AUGCCUCGGACUCUUCCCUGGCUCACCUGUGGAGGUAAGGUGAAGCGUGAGCCGGACCUACCAGCUCCAGCGAUAAAGCGCACAUCAACUCCGCGCGUGAAAGAUGAAACGCCAACGAAGAAGGUGCUUCUUACUCCUAAGAAAAACUUCCUCAGGUCGUCUCCCAGUCCACCCUCCUCACCGAUCCAUCGAUGCCCAUCCGAAGAAUUCCUCCGCGAAGGCCUGGACGAGGAUGACCUCUAUAUAAUGGUCGAAGACGAAUUCUAUACCGUCGCGCAAACCUUCACGCAACACCUACACUACGCCGAAUACGUCCGUCGCAAAAAAGAAGCGAAACUUCAAAAUGCAGAUACAAUAGCAGACAUUGCAAGACCAACUGAUGGAGUCACCCGGAUGAGCGCGGAACUCACGAAGAAAAUCGCUGCAGAGGAGCUCAAGGCACAGCAAGAUAACGCGCUGGAUGCGGCUCUGGGAAAUCAACCGGCCCGCGAUCAAGACGCAGGGGACGAUCCGGAGACAGAGGCCUCGUGGGCUGGGACGCAUUUACAAAACCUUUUGCUUAGUCCGAGGAGGGUGAGGUCGUUAGCUGCGCUGCGAAAGGUUAGGUCUUCGACGAGGGCAGCGGCGGGGUUCUCGCAGUCUUCUGGAUUGGGAACUGAUAGUGGGUUGGGUAAUUCUAUUGGUGACGAGGUGCCUGUUGAGAAUCGACAGGGGAAGAAGGUGCCUGAUCCUGCAGAUAAGAAUACAGAUGACGACGACGAUGAUGAUCUUGAUGCUGGAAUGGACCAGGGUAGUCCAACGGUUGCGAGAAAGAGCAACAUCUCAACGGGCUCGGAACCAAUCCGGCACACACCUUCCGCGAUGCAACAUUCAAAACCGAUCGGCCAUUCGAGCAAAAGGAGUCUUGAUUUUAGCGAGCGUCAGUCGUUGCCGACUACGAAAACAAGUAAGCCACCGGGCCCGGAGCCGCUGCGUCGCUCUGCCUCAUCGCACGCUAGCGAGAAUCAGGCGUCUGAAGUCAAGGAACAGAUAAAAAGGGAGAAGAAUAUUCCUUCAGGUACCAUGCAGGCUAGAAAAAGGUUUGUAUUUGAUGACUCCGACGAGCAUUUUUCUUCAAACUCUGGCUCGCUGCGUCGCUCUUCUUCGUUGCUUCCAACUAGCGAAAGUCGCCUGGUUGGGAUGAAGAAGGAACUGCAACCUACGAAAUCAAAGGGCGCCCUCUCAAACACUGCGCAGGGUAAACGGAGACUGGUAUUCGAUGACUUCGACGAUUUUCCGGAGCCGCGCAAACCUAGUAUACAAACUGAAAGACAACGCCCUCUAUAUUCCAACACUAAACAGGAAAAGCUCAAGGAGACGGAAACGGCGUCGAAGAAGUCACGACUCAAUGAAGUACCAACGUUCCUGCUUUGA